CUGUGUCGUAUCAUAUUAAACUUCACGCUUUGGCCGGCUAUGAACCAAUGAGUGACCUUGUGUGAACUUUUUUAAUUAGUUUUUAAGAUUAUGGAUAUUGAUAAAAAAAUCUGACCUCGGAUCUCACCCAGGUCAUCCUCUUUUGUUAGUUAUAGUGCAUUUAUGUUCAAAAAGUUAGAAUAACUAAAGUUUCUUUAAAGUUUGAAGUCUUUUGUUUGGAACAGGAGGAAGCAGAAGGUUGUAAGAAAUGGGAGGUAAAUUUUCAUCACUUGAUCCAAAAGAAAUUGAAGUUCCUAAGCUUCAUGUUAUGUUGGAAAGAGAUGGUUAUUUAAAACCAUAUGAGACUGAAUACAGACGCAGGUAUGCCUGCUUCUUGGAUUAUGUUGAUAAGGUGUCAGAAGGUGAAGGAGGACUGGAAAAUUUUACUCAGGGAUAUAAAUGGUUUGGGAUCCACAUCAAUUCCGACAACUCUGUCACAGCGAGGGAGUGGGCUCCUGGAGCUACUGAACUGUUCUUGUUUGGAGAUUUCAAUCAAUGGAAUAAGUUUGCCCAUCCUUACAAGAAACUUGAGUAUGGGAAGUGGGAACUGCACAUUCCUCCAAAUGAAGAUGGAUCUUGUGUCAUGAAACAUUUGUCAGAAGUCAAGCUUGUUAUUCGCACGCAAAGCGGAGAUUUGGUUGAGCGGCUGUCACCAUGGGCCACGUACGUCGUGCAGCCUCCACGUGAGGAAGGUUUUGUGUUCAAACAACGUAUCUACCACCCACCUCCCACCCAGAAGUACAUAUUCAAACAUCCAAAACCCAAGAGACCAGAAAGUCUGCGUAUCUACGAGUGUCAUGUGGGGAUAGCAUGUCCUGAAGGCAGAGUGGGGCAGUACAAAGAAUUUACUCAAAAUGUCAUUCCACGUAUAAAAAAACAAGGUUACAACACCAUUCAGCUGAUGGCAAUAAUGGAACACGCUUACUAUGCGAGCUUUGGCUAUCAAAUUACAAGCUUUUACGCAGCAUCCAGCCGCUACGGUCCACCUGAUGACCUAAAGGAGUUGGUGGAUGUGGCACACGCAAAUGGUCUGUACGUACUGUUGGACAUGGUUCACUCCCAUGCCUCCAAGAACGUACUGGAUGGCCUCAAUCAGUUUGACGGCACCAACAGUUGCUUCUUCCAUGACGGUCCUCGUGGGGAACACUCGCUGUGGGACAGUCGGUUGUUCAACUAUUCUGAGUAUGAGGUGCUGCGGUUUCUUCUAUCCAAUUUACGGUGGUACGUGGAAGAGUACGGAUUUGACGGUUUCCGGUUUGACGGUGUCACAUCUAUGUUGUACCACUCGAGAGGUAUAGGCCAAGGAUUCAGCGGCCACUACGAUGAGUAUUUUGGCCUUAAUGUGGACACCGAGGCGAUAGUGUACCUCAUGCUGGCCAACCAUAUCCUGCACAAACUGUACCCAGAACUCACAACCAUUGCCGAGGACGUCUCAGGAAUGCCUGGGUCAUGUCGUCCAGUGGAAGAAGGGGGGAUAGGUUUCGACUACCGUCUGGCCAUGGCUAUCCCGGACAAGUGGAUCAAGUUACUGAAGGAGACAUCUGACGAAGACUGGAACAUGGGCAACAUCGUUCACACCCUGACCAAUCGUCGCUGGAUGGAGAAGGCUGUGGCGUACGCCGAAUCUCAUGAUCAGGCUCUAGUUGGUGAUAAAACCAUCGCAUUUUGGCUGAUGGACAAGGAAAUGUACACGCACAUGUCAGUUAUGUCUGACCCAUCUCCCAUCAUAGACCGUGGUAUCGCUCUACACAAGAUGAUACGACUCAUCACCCAUGGGUUGGGAGGAGAAGCAUGGCUUAAUUUUAUUGGUAACGAGUUCGGACAUCCGGAGUGGUUAGAUUUCCCUCGAGCGGGCAACAAUGACUCUUACCACUACGCGAGGCGGCAGUGGAACUUGGUGGACGAUGACUUGCUCAAAUACAAGUUCCUCAACAACUUUGAUGCUGCCAUGAACCAUCUAGAGGAAAAAUACGGAUGGCUUCACAAGGACCCCGGAUAUGUAAGCUGGAAGCAUGAAAGUGACAAGGUGAUAGUGUUUGAGAGAGCCGAACUGCUGUUUGUGUUCAACUUCCACCCGACUCAGAGCUUCCCCGACUACAAACUCGGGGUGGAGCUGGCCGGUGACUACAGGGUAGUCCUCAACUCCGACGACCCCAGUUUCGGCGGUCACAACAGGGUGGACAACAGUGUCGUACACGUUUCCAGUCCUGAGGGUUUCGCUUGGAGAAGAAACUGCAUCCAGGCUUAUCUGCCAUCCCGAGUGGCUCUGGUGUUUGCUAGGAACUAGGACUCGUCUGGCAGUUCAGCGAUAGUGUUCACCUCUCUAGGGAAUAAUUUUGAUAUUUUGUAUAUCUAACAAAGGAACUGAUGCACAAAGUUGCUCAAUGCAACUUUCCAUCACAAAAAGACUGGACAAUGCACCCUAAUGCCAAUUGUUAUACACAUUGAACUUAAAAAUUUCAAUAAUCUAAGUUUUUUAAAAUUUAUAUAAGGAAGUUUACUGUGAUAGCAAAAUGUUAAGCAUUUCCAGUAUCAGUUGCCUGUGAUUUAAUUUCAUUGAUCAUUACAUUGUUCCUUCAGGACAUUUUUUUGAGCAGCUGAUUCUACAAUCAAAAUAUUUUUUAUAGAUUUUUUUGGGAAUUGUUAUUGAUCUAGUCUUUAAAUACAAAUGCUAUAUUUUAUAUAUAAAUGUAUCGUUUAGUUGGUUGUUUAGAAUAGUCAAUAUCGAGAUUAUCUUAGAUUUAGUGGGGUACUUUCCACAAGCAAAGUAGUAGCUUUAUUCAAUUAGUACAAGUAAAUUAGUACCCAUUAAAGCCAUUUCUAUACAAAUUAAUCAGUGUAUUUAUAGGUUUACAUUGUAACAUUCUAUUAUUUAAAAAAAAUGUCUUGCCCUCAGCCAUGUUUAAUGUUUUACGUUUGUUAAAAAACAGAGCCUAUGAAGUUAUUACUUAGCUUAGUUUUUAAGUCUGUUAUCAGCUGAAUUGUUGAAUAAAUGUAUCAUCCUGUUUUUUUUUAUAGUUUUAUACAACUAUGUGCCUUAAAGUUAUAAAUAAAUAUAAAUUAUU